AUGUGUAGUUUGUCGCCGAGUUCGCUGUUACCGAUAAAGCUCAAACCAGGUUAUUCAGAAAAACGGAGUAACAGUAGCAACUCACUCUUUGUCUCCAAAAGAAGAGGGCAAGAUUGUUUGGACCGGCGAUCUUUCAAUCAUCCAAGAACUUACACCCUCACUCACAGUGACUUUACAGCUAAAUUAACUUUAGCUAUCUCUCACUCCAUUAACAACUCUCAGUUGCAAGGAUGGGCAAAUAAGAUAUACAGAGAUGAAGUAGUAGCAGAAUGGAAGAAAGUGAAAGGUAAAAAAUCUCUUCAUGUUCACUGUCGUAUCAGCGGUGGCCACUUCCUCUUAGAUAUGUUGGCAAAGUUUGGAUACUACAUAUUUUGCAAAGAGCUACCAGUUGGUUUGUGUGCAGGUUCAUGUGAGGAUGGAUUUGGAAACCAUAAUGUGCUAGCCGUGUGGUAG